UAAUGGCUCCUCCAUAACCAAAGUUAUAAUGGUCAUUUGAAUCAGGUGGGACGCCAUGGUUUAGUGAGGACUUGGGCUCCAUCUGGCUGCUGGAGCUCCAACUCAGAAUAAAAGAAGGUGAAGAGAGGAUGAAAUGCUGGGGAGGGAUGUCUCCACCAGUUUGUCCCUAAAUGGCACACAACCAACUUGGCUCAUACAACGAAUGACAUUGGAAGCAGUCUUCUUGGUCCAGACGGACAAGAGUGGAAAUGCUGAAGCUUUCGUUGACAGAACUGGACUCCCUCGUCUUCACUUGUGACCAGUGAGGUGUGUUUGGAUUCCUGGGACAGCCAGAGUGACUGUGUUACAGUAAACAAUAGGAUCACAGUGAGUGACACACAAUCCAGCCCACAGCACAUACUGUGUGAAUAGAGGUGUAGUCUAAACAGCCAAAGAGUAAACACUUAAACAACAUCACACAUUUGGUUUGCUAAGAUCAGAAGAAAUAUCAACUGUAACCUUUUGAACAUUACUUUUUGUCCUUGUCAUGUAGGCGUACAAUUGUUAACAUAUAGGUCUACAUGUGCUGAUAUUUCAUAUUACGUCAGUAUUUUCAUAUCCAGUGGGAAAUCACUGCUCAGGAUGCCAAUCAUCCAGUCAUCAAGGGUGGAUCUGAUAAUGUUACACGUUCACAGUUUGGGAACUCAUACAACUAAGCAUGGGGUGGAAUGAAAUCAAGCUGGGUUCAGCCGGCACAUGAUGACACUAGAUCCAAGCUGUGUGCGGGUGGUGUUUGGUUACAGGAGUCAGGUUUUGUUGUCACCAUUCCUAUGCAACAUAAAAACAGUUACACUGUUUCAGACUGCAUGCCUUAGGCAAUGCCACAAAACUUGUUCAGAGAAAGUUUUUGGAGCAAUCUUAAAGAUAAUUUCAGUCUGAGAAUCACCUUGUUCUUAUGCUGAUUUAGAAAUUGUGUGCUCAUUUUGUAGAACAUCUUCUAGGGUGUAGUGGAUGCCUAGAUGUGCGCUGUCUGUGGUGCUGUUACUCUGCAAUGUAAUGUAAAUUGUUUUCCCAUUUUUGGUGAAAAAAAUGAUUAUGUGUCAGGAUCGUUUCUAAAACUUUUCAUAUCAAAGGGCUCAAGGAUUUGUAUCAAACUGUCAAAUUCCAUUUGGUGCGAUUUCAUUACCAUUAAAAGAACCUCAUUGUGUCAGCCCCUAGUGAGUGACUCAAAAUGAUCCCUGAUUUUACUAAGGGACCCCAGAAAGUCUCCUGUCCACAUUUUGGGGUUGUUUAUACAUGUUUUUAAAAACAUAUUUAGGUAUUAUUUUAUUGUAUUAUUUAUUUAUUUUAUUAUUUAAGAGUUUAUGCUCAAAAACUCAGCUAAUGUGCUCCAUCAGCACUAUGAGGGUAUGACUUGAUAAGAUUUCACUGACAGUGAUCAAAAAGCCUCCAACUGUCAUCAGAUUCUGAUUUAAAUGUUGCUAAAUGUAUCACCAGUUCCUAAAUGAGCCAGUGUGAAAAGCACAGAGACAAAAAAAGUAGAGACAGAAAUAUCCGAAACUGUUUAUGUGAGAUUGCAUCACUCACUGUAAGCAGUUGACUGUAAAAAUACCUGAUCUGCUCGUCAAUCUUGAAAACAUAAGAACCCUUAAAAGCAGCACCAAAAUACCAGUUUUCAAUCAGCACACACCCAAGACUGAUGCAGCUACAUCUCCUUGGACAUGACAUAGACUGCUUUCCAAGCAGCAAGGUUUACUUUGUUUCUUGGCUCUCACAAGACCCAUAUUCGGCAUUCUGCUUUUUAAUUGGGAUUCGCAAGAGACCUUGUCCAAAGUCUCAGCCAAACACCCAAGUCCUAUCAAGCAGCCUAAGCUAAGUCCAGUAACCAAUUACCCUGCUCUGCCCCAGCGGAACAGACGCUCUCCGGAUUACAUUUCCUGCUGCUGCAUUGUAAAUGUGCCACAGUGAUUUCAAUAAUAUAAAGUUAUUCUGCAGAUUCAGGGUGAUGCUUAACCCCUGCAGGGUUGUACACACCAACAGUAGUCAACUUAAAGUUCUUAUAGGUACUACAUUAAUAACCUCUGAAACAUUCAGAGAAAUUAAUGCACCUCUCGCCAAAGAGGUGCAGGUGACAUUGGUUAAUUUCUCCAUUCAUGUUGCAAAUUGCCAGCUUGACCCCAUGGGCCAACAAACUAGAGGCCCUAAAAAAUUUUUGGGUCCCCUAUUGACCCCUUAAACCAACUACCUGGAGCCAACCCAGGGUUUGCUGUGUAUCAAUUUGUUUAAUAUUCACCAUGUAAGGAAAAUAUAAACUGAAAGAAACAGAACUAAACAAGACUAAACUAAAACAAGAAGGGCUUUGCAGCAAGUCUUCAUACUUAAACAAUAAAAUUAUGUACUAUACAAGGCUAUAUUAGUAUACCUAUACAAGUUAAAUGAGCGGUACAGCCAGUGUCUGGGUGUUUGUAUGUGUGUGUGGGUGUAGUAGUGUGUGAGGGUGGGGGACUAAAACAGUAUUGUAAUUUUCACAAGGCCACUUGACUCCAAGGUAACACACACAUCUAUCUAUCUAUCUAUCUAUCUAUCUAGCUGCCACUCUAAAAUACUAUUACAAAGGUAUGUGUGCACUUAAUCUUCACCCACCCCAAAAUAAAUAUUGUAUUGUUUAAAUUUACAUAUUUUUGUUGGCAUAAGCUGUCCCUUUCAAUCAAGCACACUGCUGCCAUUGUUCACUGUAUCACAAAAAAAUGGUGUGCUGCCUGCACGUUGUAAAAGUAAAUGAAAAGUCAAAUUCGUUCUCGGUUUUUGAUUGGAGCCCCGCACAGAGUGUAUAGUGGUAUAGAAUAAAGAGAGAGAUUGAACAGCCUUCCCUGCAGUUUUCCCCCCCAGUUUCUAGGGAGCACAUAGGCGCCGUGUUUUUCUACGCCUCUGCAUAGUUUGUCACAGAACUCCCCAGAGACACAGUUCAAUCUCGCUUGACAGACAGCUUUAGGCUACUGUUAGUCUCUCAGGCGUCAUCAUCCUGGUCUUUUAUAAACUGAAUCUAUCUGACCAACUCUGCCCCCAGUAUUUUAGGGAAGAAUACGAUGGACUGGCCCAUAUGGUGGAUGAAUGAAUAACUGUUGAGGACAUCACUUCUCUGAGAAGCUCGGCUGCACGCGCAUCACCCCGUCGUCUAGGACUCGUCCAUCUCUUGUUUGUUCUCAUUUGGUCCCCGCAGCGGCGUUCACCAUGACAACGUUUGACUUCUCGGAUAUAGAGGCGUUUUUGGACUGCCACCCAGAUCUCUUCGAGGAGUAUCUCGUUCGAAAGGCGAAAUAUGAUCAGGUAAGCAGAUGGUUGAGGGAGCAUCAGCCGUCGAAAGUGUCCACAGCUGAGGAGAAACGCGGUGCUGCCAGGGAUCCGCUCUGGCCGGCCAACCCAGACGGACUCCGGCGCAGAUCGUCCCACAUGGAGCUGCGAAGGAACUUCGCCCGGUCUAAAGCCACCACCACACACCGGACCUACGACGAGCAUGUGAGCCUGAGCGAAUACGAGUCCCAGUCCAGCAUGAGGCGCCGUGCGCUUCUGCGUAAAGCCAGCUCUCUGCCUCCGACCACCGCGCACAUACUGAGCGCCCUGCUGGAGUCCAGGGUGAACGUGCCCCAGUACGCGUCCAGCGCCAUAGACUACAAAUACAGACUUAAGGAAACCAACGAGAGGGAGUUUUUCUUGGAGUUAGUGAAGGACAUCUCCAAUGACUUGGACCUGACAAACCUCAGUUACAAGAUCCUGAUCAAUGUGUGUAUCCUGGUGGAUGCAGACAGGUGUUCGCUUUUCCUUGUUGAGGGACCCGCGCACAAGAGGACACUGGUGUCCAAGUUCUUUGAUGUGCACUCAGGCACCACCGUCAGACCAUCCUCCAGCACCCUAAACUCCAAUGAAGUGCAGGUGCCAUGGGGAAAGGGUAUCAUUGGAUACGUGGCAGAGCAUGGGGAAACUGUAAACAUCCCGAACGCAUAUGAGGACCACCGCUUCAGUGAUGAGAUAGACAAGUUAACAGGCUACAAGACUCAGUCCAUCCUCUGUAUGGCCAUCUGUAACAGUGAUGGAGAAGUCAUUGGUGUUGUACAAGCAAUCAACAAAAAUCCCAUGGGUACUCCCUUUACUGAGGAUGAUGAGAAGGUGCUGCAGAUGUAUCUACCAUUCUGUGGAAUAUCGAUUUCCAAUGCGAAGUUGUUUUCUGAAUCUCGCAAGGAGUAUGAAAGGAGUCGGGCUCUGUUGGAGGUGGUCAACGACCUGUUUGAGGAGCAGACUGACCUGGAGAAGAUCGUUAGGAAGAUAAUGCAGCGAGCGCUGACCCUCCUGCAGUGUGAGCGCUGCUCUGUGCUUCUCCUUGAAGACAUCGACUCACCUGUUGUGAAGUUCUCCAAGACGUUUGAGCUCAUGUCUCCCCUGUGCAACAUGGACCGUGACAUCAGCAUGGAGAAGCUAUCGUGUUCUGAUUGGCUGAUCAAUAACAGCAUUGCUGAGCUGGUGGCUUCCACAGGGCUGCCUGUUAACAUCAGCGACGUGUGUCAAGAUCCACGCUUUGAUGCUGAGGCGGAUCAGGCCUCUGGGUUUCACAUCAGAUCAGUGUUAUGCGUCCCUAUCUGGAAUCGAACUCACCAGAUAAUUGGGGUUGCACAAAUCCUCAAUCGCCUUGACAGGAAGACUUUCAAUGAUGCAGAUCAGAGACUGUUCGAGGCAUUUGUGAUAUUCUGUGGACUUGGAAUCAACAACACCAUGAUGUACAAUCAAGUUAAGAAGACGUGGGCCAAGCAGUCUGUAGCACUGGAUAUGUUGUCCUACCAUGCAACCUGUUCCAAGGUAGAAGUUGACAGACUCAAGGCAGCUAAGAUCCCCCUGAGCAGUGAGUUAGGCAUCGAUGAGUUUCACUUUAAUGACUUCUCUUUGGAUAAUGAUGCCAUGAUCACCGCGUCACUCCGGAUGUUUCUGGAACUUGGUGUGGUCCAAAAGUUUAAAAUUGACUAUGAGGUUUUGUGCCGCUGGCUUCUGACUGUGAGGAAGAAUUAUCGAACUGUGGCGUAUCAUAACUGGAGGCACGCCUUCAAUGUAUCGCAGUGCAUGUUUGUUAUGAUCACAACAGCCACUUUCCAGGAUGUCCUGUCAGAUGCAGAGAUACUGGCACUAAUGGUCGGCUGUCUAUGUCAUGACCUGGACCACAGAGGCACUAACAAUGCAUUUCAAGCCAAGACAGGUUCUGCUCUGGCUCUGCUCUACGGGACGUCAGCCACCCUGGAGCAUCAUCACUUCAACCAUGCAGUUAUGAUCCUUCAAAGUGAGGGUCACAAUAUCUUUGCAAACCUCUGCUCUAAAGAGUAUAGCAACAUGAUGCAACUAUUGAAGCAGGCCAUUCUCUCCACAGACCUUACUUUGCACUUUGAGCGCAGAACCAAGUUCUUUGAGUGUGUUCUGUCUGGAGAAUUCAGCUGGACUGAUGAAGGACACAGAGAAGUUCUCAGGUUUCUACCUUU